CCAUGAGGCUUUGCGGGGCACCGCAGAAAACACGUCACCCUCGGUGGCCGCGGGAAGGCGCCCGGCGCCCCCACAGCAUGGGGGUGGUGCAGGCGCUGCGGGCGGCGGCACGGCAGAGUCUGGGGCUCGGCCCCGCGGGGCUCAGAGCGUUCUGGGGCGGCCGCAGCAGGAAGGACGAAAGAUAAGUGGAAGCAGACCGAGCAGUUCCUGAGAAGGAGGAGAGGAGCAAGCCCAGUCUGAUCUGUCCCCUGCCAGGCAGCCGGAGUUACCUUCCUCCUGAGGGCCUGCAGAGUCUCCCUCCCGAGGGCCUGCAGAGCUGCCUCGAGUCCCACGUCAGGGAGGUCUUUGGGCCCUCUCUUCCUGAGGACUGGCAGCAGACUCCCCUGCAGGAGAACAGGCUGAAACAUCGCCUGCUGGCCCGGCUGGCAGCAGAGCUGGGACACGCUGUCCCAAACUCCCAGCUGCACCAGAUGCGCCAUGCCGGGGACAUCCUGGGCUUCUAUUGCACCCCUGUGAAGGACGGGAGCAAGAUCGAUGAACUCGUGGCCUCAGAGCUGCCCCUGAACUUUAAAAUCAUUUGGCAGCACUGAGUCCUGCCAUGGAGCAUCCCUGUGAUGCCUGGCUUGUGCUGCAGGGCAGCAGCAGAGCCCUCUUGUUGGGGUGAAAUCUGUGAAUUUCACUAAUAAAAGUUCACUGAGCU